AUGCCACCAUCAACAGCUGUCCCGUCCUUAUCGAAUGACACUGCAUCGGCAUCGGCAUCCUCGUCAAGCAUCUCGUUGGACACAAGAUGGGCGUCGGGACUUGCAGGCCAUGAGAUACUGGAGGAUGAUGGGACGGGGGCCCUCGUCGUGCCGGCCCACGCUGACCGUCGCGGCCCUUAUGUCUACAUAUGCCUCUUCCAUGUCCUAGACUGUCACGCCACUUUCGACAACACCGAGGACUGGAGAACCCAUGUCUUCAGCCAUUUCCGCACUCACGAACCUCCCAAGACAGCGCGCUGUCCUCUCUGUCCCGGUGAACGGUUCAAUGAUACCCCUGAAGCAAGAGCCUGGGAUGUCAUGCUGGACCACAUCGAUGUGGUCCACUAUCAACAAGGUCAGACUCUGGCUGGCAGCCGACCCGACUUCGAAUUGAUGCAGUACCUGUACGGUUUGAGGAUCAUCAGUGUGGAUCAAUUCAAAGUUAUGCAGCUCCCACCGCCACCAUCUAGCCCCGCAUAUCAUCGAUCACAGGAAUCGGUUCGGGCGAAUAUCGGGUCCUCGGACGAGCCGUAUUGCGCGCCGUAUAGUCGGCGACGAGAAGAGAGAAUGCGUGGCCAGCGUCGAGGGGUGAGCGUCGCUUGA